AUGAAGAGCAGCAAUGCCAUUCAUCGGCUGAACAGUCUGUUAAAGUGUAAAUGCGCGAAGAAGGAAAAAAGAAGGGAAGUAAAGGAGCAUGCUAAGCAUAGGGAACCGAACGAAAUAUAUAUACAAAAGAGCAAAUGGAUCAAUAAAAAAUAUAUUCAAAAAGUAGAUAACGAAAUUGAAGGGGAUUUAAUAAAUAACAACAGCGAUUCGGAAAAUAGCAAAUUUUGUAAAAUAAGGAAGAAAUAUAAUAUAGUAAAUAAAAAAGAUGAUAUUGAAAUUGCUAAUUCUUGUAAUUUAAAAAUUGAUCAAAAGUCAUGUAAAGUUAAAGGUCAAAAUUUAUAUGAAGGCACAGCGGGAAAACUAAAUCAUGUGAUAAUUGAUAUUUUAAAUAAAGCAGGGGAAUGUAUAUAUGUAAAGAUGUCUACAUUUGAAGCUUACGUAAAAAGAAAAGAGGAAGUUGACAAAUUAAAUUAUGUAAAAGUAAAUUCACGAGAUAAAAAUGAUGGGUGUGAUAUAUACAUACAUAAUAAUCUGUACAAUAAAUACCUGGAAAAAAAACAUAAGUCGUUAAUUAAUCUUGACUAUAACAAGUAUAACAUUAAUGCUAAUUUUUCUAAUUAUAAAAAUAUAAAAGAAAGAAAUAGAUGUUGCACCAGUGUGCCUUUUGGGGAGCAGUAUUCUGGAAAGCUCGAUUGCUCCAGACGUGAGACGCAAAGGCAAGCGAUGCAGCAUCAGCAGGAGUGCGGACAUCCGACCGCUCCACAAUAUAAACAGCUCCUUAAAGGUGAGUGCAAUCUCACGUUUCAAAUGCAUAACUUAAGAAAAAUGCACAUGCAGCAUGCCGAGGAAGAUGGGGAAGACGGGGAAGAUGGAAUUUUUAAAGGAAAAAAAAAUAAUACAUUCAACGAAAAAACAAAUACAUUCAACGAAAAAACAAAUACAUUCAACGAAAAAACAAAUACUUUGAACGAAAAAACCAAUUACAAUGAUACAAUAACGACAGGGUAUGUUUUCGACCCACAGGAGUAUGAUGAGCAGAGUGCAAAACUAACAGUGGAUGGUUCAAAAUGUAAUGUACGUGAUUUAAAAAAUGGUAGUUAUUUAAUAUCUUAUAAUAUAAGAAAAUGCGGCUAUUACUACUUGUCCAUAUUUCACAAUAAAAGGCCGGUAGCAGACUCUCCCUACCUUAUUUAUAUAAAACCUGCAGAAGCUUACGCUCCUAACUGCGUUCUGUAUAAAGGUGUUAACGACAGGAUCGUGGUACCACGUGCCAAGGGACAGGAAAAGCAGCAAAGGGUAAAGCAGAGAAGGGUAAAACAGCGAAGGGAAAAGCAGCAAAAGAGGGAAAUACAGAAUGAAAGGAGCUUAACUCGUAUAUAUAACAACUCCUUGCGUGAAGAUGUGUUCAACUUGAGUUCGUCAGACUCGGAAUUGAAAUCAAGUAGCUCUCAUAGCAGCAACACAGGCUAUAGCAGCAUGUACAGUGAAUCCUGCAGUGACAAUGGUAAGACAAUUUACUCUUCCUCUGAUAGUGCAUUCUUUAAAGAAAGUGGAAGUAGAAGUGGAAGUAGAAGUGGAAGUAGAAGUGGAAGUAGAAGUGGGAGUAGAAGUGGAAGUAGAAGUGGAAGCAGAAGUGGGAGUAGAAGUGGAAGCAGAAGUGGGAGUAGAAGUGGGAGUGAAAGCGAAAGUGAUCAUUUUAACCAUCCUGACCACCAUGUGCACAUUUUAAAAUUGGAAGACGAGGAUGAGGAAAGAAAGAACUUUAACAAUUUCUUUAUUCAGAGUUAUGAUGCUUAUAAAAAUAAAAUCUGCGAAGGGAAUGACAAGUAUGAGAUAACGAGCCUUGGGGGCAUUAAAAUAAUAAAAAUAAAUGAUUUAAAGAAUGGUAUAUAUGAAGUUAUAUACAAAUAUGUAAGUAGUAAUGACAAUGGGUAUUACUCCAGGUCAUAUAAAAGAGAUAAUAAUUUUGGUAAUUACAAUAGAACAUAUAGAGAAGUUAAGGUAACCUUAAACGGAUUACAUGUAAAAGGAUCUCCAUUCAAAAUAGUCUUAAAAAAGGAUAAACAGUUGGCUUAUUUGAGCAAGAUAAAAAAUUUACUACCAAUUGAUGAAAUUAAUAUUUCGAAUCCCACUGAAAGUAUGCAUAAUAUUAUUAGUGCAUACAAAUAUAUAAAGAAUAAUUACUUGGACGAUGAAAAUGUAAUAAAAAAAAAAAUCCCAAAGAAUCAUUUUAUGAGUGUACAUACAUAUUAUGAAGAUAGAAAAUUAAAAAAAAUUUUAAAAAAAAUAGACAAAAAUAUUAUAUCUCUUAUGACCAUACCUAUGAAACAACAAAUUUUUAAUUAUAUAAAAUAUAUGAACGAGGACAGGAAAAUAAUAAAAUUAAAAAAGAUUUUAUUUAAAGAACUUGUAGUUGCUUUAAGUAAGAUGAUAAAUUGUGCUAAUAAAUACUAUGAAGAUGUUGAAGAAGACAAAAAUAAAUUGCUACAAGAGAGACAGGUGCAAGAUGAUACUGUCAAAGAAACUAACUUAAUGUAUGAGUCAUUAAAGGGGAAAAAUAUUCAUACCUUGCCAUUCGACUUUGGAAUUAAAGAUAUGAAAAUAUAUGAAGAAAAUUUGAGUAAUAAAAAAAAAGAAUUAUUAGAUAAGCAAAACCAAUUGGUGGAAAAGUACAAAGCUAUUAAAAAUAAAGAGAAAAGAUUCUUAGAAGACAGGCAACAAGUAACCAACCUAUUGGCAAACAAAUACGAACUCCAUCAAACAACAUAUGAUUGCUCUAAAAUGGCUUUAAUCCAAACAAACAAUAACUUGAAGAAGAUUACUAUUGACGCUAUUAAAAAGACGAGCACACGGGAAAAGCAGCUCUUAACGGCCAGGGGAAACAGCACCCUUCAAGGAGGUGUACCCAUCGCUCAAGAGGGAGAUUGA